UAUUGUAUCCCUAUAAUCACCUCCUUUUUAUUAUACUAAGGUGCUCCUACCUAUUUCUCUACCAUUAUCUUAUCUAUGUUGCGUAUUGUUCUGUACUGUAUCCAUCAAUACGCUGCCACCAUACGCUCAACACACCCCUGACCCCUGAUGCCGUCGGCCAGCAUCACUGAUGGUGAUACUGAUGACCUGCUGUGCCAGGACCCAAUAUCAUCCCUCUAAGCUUCCUCACGAGUCUUCAUGCCUUAUUCAGCGGAGGGGUAACACUGGCGUCAUCUCAACGGAUGGCCAGCCAGUUGGUUGGCUGCGGUGCAAUCCUCAGAAGGCGGAAAAGGAGGGGUUCAGGGCCCGCCGCCGCCUUCCAAUCAGUGAGUCGCUGGCACGAGACCAGCGGCGACAUCUUCUCCUCCUCCUCUCCUGUUCUCUUCCUCUUCGUCAUUUCUCUUGCGCCUGUCUCUGAGAGUAUCAAUUGCCGGCCAAUUUGUACUCGUAAUCACCCCUUUUCGGACGGCUCACGGACCACACGGGAAAAGGAAAAUCUCCUGUUCUGUCUAUCACUUUUUAGUAGGUACGUGG